AUGUCAUUCGACUUCGAUUUGACGGCGCCUUUUCAGCAGGCUUUUACAGUUCGGGAUCAAUAUGAGCAUCGACAUAAAGUUAGGCCAAUUCAGGUUAGUUUUGUCUAUUUUGGGGACUGAAAUUUUUGGUUGAAAAUUUGAAAUUUUUAUUCACCGGUCUGAAAAUGUUGUGAUUUUGAGCCUUUCUCUACAGGAUGGAACUAAAUUCAAAAUGAUUUAAUGCUGAAAUUUGGCUGAAAAUUUAAUGAAAAACUUGAUAUUCUCUAAACUUCUAACGAUUUGUUCAAAAAAUCAGAAAACUUUCCCAGAAAGUCUAGACAAAAUAAAAUAUCUAAACCAAUAUUUAAAAAAAAGAGCCCACAUCAAUUUUCCAUUAAAAAAAAAUCAAAAAUGUUGGUUAUCCUACUUCUCCUAACUCUUCCGAUGUUCUCAACUCAAGAACAAAAUGUUCUCGAACUUGCUAAAUCGGUAUUUGAUAAAAUCAUCAAUGCCGUAACUCUUGAAAUGGUUGAAAACGUUUGGGCUGUCGAAUUUUCAUCGACAGAUUGUGAAAAUGUUACCAAAAAAUUCAAUCACAGUGAAAUAUAUCGAGAAAUAAAUAUGAAUUAUAAUCCGGAGGAAACACGAGAAGAAUUCCCGAAAGUUUUGAGCGCUAAAUUUCAGGAUUCUGAAGAAAAAAUUCUGGUUAUCACGGUUCAGGAUAAAGCUGAUAAUAAGACUGGAACUGUUCUGUUCGCGAAAAAAAUCGAGGGAGAUCGAUUUGAACUUUUUGCCGAAUUAGCUGUGUGUUAUGAAAAAUGAUGCAAAUGAAUAAAUUUUAAGUUUUCAAUAUUUUCUACAAAAUUUUUUACAAAGAAAAUUUGCUCUUUCUGGUUUUUCAGCCGAAUUUUAGGUCUGUAUGAUUUUUUUCAUAAGAUGUCAAGUACAUCAUUUUGAAACCCUUGAAAUUCUCUACAAGAUAGGCUCUAGCUUCAAAGUUUGGAGUGCUGAAAUUUGGCUGAAAAUCCGGUCUGAAAUUGUUGUGCUAAAUUCUGAAAAAAACUAGGAUCGACAACUUUGAGCACGAUUUUCAGAACUUAUUCUGUGAAUAAACUUAGGGUCAAGUUUAUCAUUUUGAAGCUCUACAGAAUGUCACUAGGCUCAUAAUUUUUAAUGAAAAAUCUAUUGAAACACUUGAUCUUCCAACGAGACAAUGCUUCAGUUCAAAAAAUCAGAAAUUUUCCCCAGAAAGUCUAGCCAAUAUAAAAAAUUCCUAAAAUUAUUUAAACCCUCCUCUCCCACACAAAUCAUAAUUUUAUCGAGAAAAUGUUGAUGUUCAUACUUCUCCUAACUCUUCCAAUAUUCUCAACUCAAAGCUCACAACCUCUAGAACUUGCAAAUUCUCUUCUAUCUCAAUACAAAGAUGCAACAACUCUAGAAAACAUCGCAAGAUCCUUCAAAGCUCCAUAUUCAGCUACAGAUUGUGACCAUGAAAAAUUUGAUUUGUCUCACCAAGAAAUGUUCGAAGGAUAUGAAACAUAUAAAAUUCGAAUAAUCUUCCGGAUCGCUCAAAAAUGGCAGUCACAAGUGCCGAAUUUUUGAACGAAAAUUCUUUGAAAUUCAUUUCUCAUGAUAAUGAUGAACAUAAGACUGGGACCAUUCAUUUUGCCGAAAAACAGGGAAAUGGGGAUUUUAUUUUUGUGGCUGAACAGGCGAUUUGUGGAUUAGAUAAUUGAUGAACCUGAUUUCAUUUUGAAUUUCUCUAUAAAAUGAAUAUGAAUACAAUAUUCCUUGAGGCUUAGGAUUUUCAGCCAAAUUUCAGAUCUGAAAACUAUCAAUAAGUAUAUCAUUUUUUAAAAAGCUCUUCUCGUGAAAUUCUCUACAAUCUGAAAAUUUCAGAUAAUCGCUCCCUCAACAACUCAACCCGGAAAAUUUCGUCUAAAUGAAAGUGGUUUGAAUUCGGUGCUCGGACAUUCGGCUUGCGCAAAUAAGAAGGUAAGAAUAAAGAAUUCUGGGGGAUGA